UCCACGGCGUUAAAGAUCCAAUGGGGUCCCUUGGCCCCCAUGGUCCUUCUCUCCCUCCCUGUAGAUCCCAACCCAAGUGGCUUUGCAGAUCUAACACGUCUGCUCCCGUAUUAUUAAUUUUUGCUUUUCUUGCAGUUUGGCGUUCAACCAUAAUCUAUAAUCUUAUAUUAUAUAAGCAGCACCCAACACCCUUCUCCCUCUCAUUUCUCUGCACCCCAAAUCUUUGGUUCCGAAAUUUCCAGCUUCCAUUUUUUGUCUUUUUGGUUUUAAAGGUUUCUUGGUAUUGGACGUAAGAUCGAGGUGCUUUGUGUUUGUCAGUUUGUCACAUCCCUUCUGAGUUUUGAUUCUUGACGUGCUUUGGCGAACAUGAAAUAGUCAGAUUUCAUUUAUUAUUUGCAACUGCUGGGUCUGCAGCUGGGUGUCCAGAAUCCCAAAACCCCCAAACACCACGUCACCUCUGUCACCAAAAACCCACCACCCUAUUCGUUUUAGAGCUAAACCAUCACAAUUUCACCAAAAGGGUUCCAUCCAGUUGAUAUUUUGAGUAUUUGAGGAGAUCGAUAUAUAUCACCGGCCAUUGAAAUGGGAAAUUGUCAGGCGGCGGAGGCAGCGACGGUGGUGAUUCAGCACCCCGGGGCCAACAAGAUCGAGAGGAUUUACUGGUCUGUGGGCGCUCAUGAGGUCAUGACUUCCAACCCUGGUCACUACGUGGCUCUUGUCGUCAACUCUCCCACCAUGAAGUCUGAGACCGGUGCUCCAGUGAAGCAGCUCAAGCUUCUCAGACCAGACGACACUUUACUCAUUGGACAGGUUUAUCGCCUCAUCAGUUUUGAAGAUGUGUUGAAGGAGUUUGCUGCCAAAAAGUCCGUGAAGCUGGGAAAGUUGCUGAAGGAUAGAGGUGGGCUUGGAGUGGAAAUGAAGAUGAAGGACCUGGCGGUUCAGAAUUUGAAGUCCGGGAACAACAAUUCUGUCAAGAUGGAGAGUGUGGGAAGCAGCUGUGGCAGCAAAAGCACUAACAACGGCAGAAGCUACAGAAGUGUGGGAAGGAACCAUGGUGGUGUAGGUGGUGGGGAGCAGUGGAGGCCUGCCUUGCAGAGCAUUGCAGAGGUUGGAACUUGAAAUAUUAUGCAUGCAGCACCACCACCCUAUGAUCUCAUCAGAACCCUUGAUUUCUCUGUCGUUCUCUCCCACCAAUAAAAACAACCAGAAGCAGCUACUCCUUUCGCUCUCUCCAAUACCUUCAUAUUCUCUUUUCUCUUUUAGACUGACAGAUUCCACUAUUGUACGUCCUUGCUAGCUAGCCAUGGCCUAUAGCGUUUCCAGAGUUUAGAAUCUUUAGAUGUCAU